GUCAGUUCUCUGUUGCUGCUCCGCGAGCGCACACUGCCUGCCUUCUUCAGACAGACUUAUAUUACUCAUAAUAAUGCACGGCCAUGACACUCUACUGCUACUCUUCUUGUCUUUUAUUCUCUUUCGCAUCGGACAGAAGGCAAUAUCAGCACAAUCUGCCAUGUACGAGACAGAUGUGGUCGUACCGCAGGAGCUGCGGCCGGACGAGGUGCACCUGCUCCAGGGAUCCUACAGGUGGAGCAGGGGUCGCCGACCACGCUCGGACCAUCAGCAGGAGGACCACCUGUUUCUACGGCUGCCUGCUUUUGGAAAGGAACUGUACUUGCAGCUCCACAGAGACAACUCUUUCCUGGCUGAGGGGUUUGUGACGGAGGAGAGGAGCAAGGAGGGCAGCGUUCAGCACAAGCCUGUUUUAAGGGUCCGACGGUGUUUUUAUGCCGGAGCCGUUCUCAAUCACACAGACUCUUUCGCCUCAUUGGAUGCUUGUGGUGGACUGACUGGCCUUGUUCAGACUGAAGAGGAAAGACUGUUCAUCGAGCCAGUGGGCCAGGCCGUGGAUUCCUUCUCUGGCUGGGAACACCGAGUGAUUCGGGAAAAGCGUUCUUCAUCGGACAGACCUGCGACUGCUGAAGACAGCAGCCCGAAAUUCUGCCAAACCAUCCAAGACAAGAAGGAGAAAAGGGCAAAAGGAGCAGAGGAGGUGCGCGGCAGGAGGAACGCCAUCAGGCUGAGCAGAGAGUACACGGUGGAGACUGUCGUGGUGGCCGAUGCAAACAUGGUGCAGUAUCACGGUGCUGAGGCCGCCCAACGCUUUCUGCUCACAGUCAUGAACAUGGUGUAUAACAUGUUUCAACACCAGAGUUUGGGAGUGAGGCUCCAUAUCCGGGUCACCAAGUUGGUUCUCCUGCACACCCGUCCAGAAAAGCUGAAGGUGGGCCACCAUGGAGAAAAAGUCCUGGAGAGCUUCUGUCACUGGCAGCAUGCGGAAUACAGUGCACGAUACCUGGGAAACAAUCACGUUCCUGGGAGCAGAGACGACCCUCCUCCUGUGGACGUGGCCGUGCUGGUCACCAGAACAGAUUUUUGCGUCCACAAAGAUGAGCCUUGUGACACAGUCGGAAUCGCUUAUCUGGGCGGCACCUGUAGCUCCAGGAGGAAGUGUGUGCUGGCGGAGGACAACGGACUCAACCUGGCCUUCACCAUCGCUCAUGAGCUGGGCCACAACAUGGGCAUGAGCCAUGAUGACGAUCACGCCAGCUGCACGGGCCACUCUCACAUCAUGUCCGGGGAAUGGGUCAAAGGUCGUAACCCCAGUGACCUCUCCUGGUCCAGCUGCAGUCGUGACGACCUGGAGAAGUUCCUCAGAUCGAAAGCAAGUGCCUGUUUGCUGCAUACUGACCCACGAAAUCGCUACCCCAUCCGCCUGCCAGCCAAACUUCCCGGGAUGCACUACAGCGCUGACGAACAGUGCCAGAUCCUAUUCGGCACCAACGCUACGUUCUGCACUGAUAUGGAGCACCUGAUGUGUGCUGGUCUCUGGUGUUUGGUGGAAGGAGACACGUCAUGUAAAACCAAACUAGAUCCACCGCUGGACGGCACAGAAUGUGGAGCUGACAAGUGGUGCAGGGCUGGUGAGUGUGUCAGUAAGACGCCCAUCCCGCAGCAUGUAGAUGGGGACUGGAGUCCGUGGAGCACGUGGAGCAUGUGCAGCCGAACAUGUGGCACAGGAGCAUGCUUCAGACAGAGGAAAUGUGACAACCCCCCGCCCGGUCCAGGAGGGAAGUACUGUCAGAAGGCCAGUGUGGAGCACAAAGCGUGUGAAGGGCCGCCGUGUUCCAAGGGUCUGCCUACAUUUAGAGACCAGCAGUGUCAGUCUCAUGACCGGCUGGCCAGUAAGAAGAAAAGCCAGAUGUGGACAGCUGUGAUCGACGAUGAAAAGCCAUGCACUCUAUAUUGUUCACCCGUCGGCAGUGAUGCACCGGUACUAGUGGCAGAACGUGUGCUGGACGGAACGCCAUGUGGACCUUAUGAGAGCGACCUGUGUGUGAGUGGAAAAUGUCAGAAAAUCGGCUGUGACGGCAUCAUCGGUUCAUCUGCAAAAGAAGACCGGUGCGGCGUCUGCAACGGUGACAGCAAAUCCUGCAAGAUCGUCAAAGGAGACUUCAACCACUCCAAAGGGAUGGGUUACAUCGAGGCAGCUGUCAUUCCGGUGGGAGCUCGGCGAAUCAAAGUUGUGGAAGACAAACCAUCCCAUAGCUUUCUGGCUCUGAAGGACUCCAGCAAGCGAUCCAUAAACAAUGACUGGAAAAUCGAGCUGCCAGGGGAGUUUGAGCUUGCUGGCACCACGGUCCGCUACGUGAGGAGAGGACUGUGGGAAAAGAUGUCUGCCAAGGGACCCACUAAGACUCCGCUCCACCUCAUGGUUCUGCUGUUCCACGAUCAGACGUACGGGAUCCAUUAUGAAUACACGGUUGCCCUGAACCAGUCGCAGGAGAACAUCAGUGAUCCGGUGAAGGAACCAGAACACAUGUACCUGUGGACUCACAGCAGCUGGGAGGACUGCAGCGUGCACUGCGGAGGAGGAGAGAGAAGGACUGUGGUGUCGUGCAUGAGAAUCGUUAACAAGACCAUGACUCAAGUCAACGACAGCUACUGUCAGGCGGAGAACAGACCCGCGCCUCAGAUCCGCCGCUGCAACAUCCACACCUGCCAAUACAGGUGGGUCGCUGGCGAUUGGGCGCAGUGUUCAGUAACCUGCGGUAGAGGCUUGCAGCAGAGGGAAGUUGGCUGUGUGUACCAGCUGCAAAAUGGCACGUACAUUCCCACCAGAGACCUGUACUGUCUGAGCUCCAAACCAGCCAGCAUACAGCACUGCGAGGGACGCCACUGCCUCACCAUCUGGGAGGCCUCCGAAUGGUUCAAGUGUUCCUCUGAAUGUGGUCGCGGCAGCAGGAAGAGGACCGUGACCUGCACCAAUCCUCAGGGUCUCUGUGAUCCCGUGUCUCGUCCUGCAGAGGUGGAGACGUGUGAGGAUCACUCCAAAUGUUACGAGUGGAAGACCGGCGAAUGGUCCAAGUGCUCAUCAUCCUGUGGGCGGGGCUUGCAGUCCAGAGUGGUCCAGUGCAUGCACAAAGUGACCGGUCGCCAUGGCAGCGACUGCCCAGCAGUCCUGAAGCCCUCAGCGUACAGGCAGUGUCAUCUUGGGACGUGUAAUGUGAAAGUCAAUGUGAACACCAUCACCUCCCCUAGACUGGCUGCAUUGACGUACAAGUGCGCGGGGGAUCAGUGGGCGGUUUACUGCAGGGUGAUCCGAGAGAAGAACCUGUGCCAGGACAUGCGCUGGUACCAACGCUGCUGCCAGACCUGCAGAGACUUUUACACCAGCAAAAUGCCCCCCAAGAGUUAAUGAGCCCGCCACUCCCACUCAUAGAGGUUUAUUUUCGCCUUCUCCAUUCGUACUGUCAAAAACAAUGUUUUAUAUUCUUAUUAAAAAUGUUCUUACGUGAAAUAAUGAAAGCAGUGGGACAGAUAUUUCCAGCAGAACACAAGUACGUAAACGUGAGCGUUUCUAACUAUGCAUUAACUUUAUCACCCCCUGCACUGAGUAUGUACUUGCAGUGUGUUAGCCGAGCGUUUCUUGUUUUCGGACUUGAAGGUUUCUUGUUUUGUCAUGUUGUGCUGUAAUCCACACUUUGGCCCUAGAAGAGACGUCUUCAGCAUACUGGCCUGCCUGUUGCACUGUGGGUAAAGCUCAUGUCACCGGAUGCGGUUGUUUUUUAUAAGGCCACUGGUUGGCCAAAAACCGAUGGACUUUGUAACAACACCUUUUUUUUCCAGACCUGUAUCAGCAAUCUUUUGUCUUGUUUUUGCUUUUAUUUCUUAAUAUUAUUAUUACCUGUGUUAUAUUGGCUCUGUAACGAAACCUAGUGAACUGCCUUGCUCCUUCAAUCACAAUUGAUUUCAAUAAGAGUUUCGAUAUUGAUUUCAAUAGAGUCGGCCUGUUGCUAAGCUAACAAUGCAAUAUGCAAAUAUUGAAUAGUAUAAAAUAGUAAUUUCUUAUUAGACUGAUCAAUGCAUGCAUUCCCUGGAAAUCGAACCCAUGAUCUGCCUGUUGCUAGCAGCAUGCAUGAUUGUGUAAGACCUACCAUAAUGCAUAGCAUAAUCUAUUUUUAGAAUAAUGCAUGCAUGCAGAAAUAGAUUAUGCUGUGCAUUAUUCUCUGCAUCUUCAGCAAAAGAAGUCAUCUUAGAAGGCGGUACAAUCAUGCUGCCUACCUUUUUGAACAGCCUUCACACUGAGAGCCUUAAAAUACUGCCUACGUAGUCAGCUCACUAGGUUUUGGAAAAGAGCUGAAGUAGCUUGUGGUAUUUAAUUCGUCAAGAGCCAUCUCGAUGCAGUCGAAGAGCCAAGCUGAUAAUAAGUGACCCAUUCGAAUAUUUUUUCUUUUUAAGGCUUAAGUAUUUCAUAUCCAACUGAGGCUAAUUAGUGACUCUUUCAGAGAGGACACAGAAUUUCUUGGUGAUCAUAUACCACACUCUCUAUGUGUGUUGUUUCAUAUAUUUUAAGAGAGCAAAGUACAUGGUCUCCACUGCGUUGUAAAAAGGCGAGUCUCCAUUGGGCUGUGGAUCAUUAGUUCACUCCAAAAUGAAAAUGCUGUCAUUAUUUACUCACCCUCAUGUCAUUCUGAACUCGUAUGCUGUUCUUUUUCUUUUGAACACUAGAAUUUUACAAUAAAUGUUGACUUUUGUGCGGAGGUAUCUACUUAGAAAUAUAGUGUCAUAUAAACUAAUGCUAUGACAUUUUUAUGAUACUGAUAUCCCUUGCUUGCUAUAUGCUUUUCAUAUUAUGGAAAAAAGUUUUGCAUCUCAUUUUUUAUUUCACAGAAUAAAGUAAGUGAUACAGGUUUGGAAGGACAUGAAGAUAAAUAAAUGCUUUUUUUAAUUUCAGGGUGCGCUGUUCCUCAAUGUGUAGUGAAAUCAGGGUACCGGAAGUGUCAUGUUUGUGACUAAUGUCAGAAUCAUCUAUUAAUCUGAUGGUGCUGCAGUGCCAUAGUUAAUGCACUCAAACACAUUAAGAGCUACUCUUGAGUAGUUGUGCUUGUAUAUUUGAUUCAUUUCUCAUCAGUAUGAGAAAACAACGGCUUCAUUUAAAAUCAAAUUAUUGUAGUUCUCACUUUGUGCAAUAGAGGCAGUACGUGUACAAAUAUAUUCCAUAAACAGGCCCUUUUUAUAUGACAGACUUUUAGAAAAAUAGCAAUGCAAUCCAAAUUUCAUAAUUAAGAUCUGAAUACAAUUGAUAGGAGUUUAUAAGGUACUUUACAGUCAGGAUGUGGUGAGAAAAUGUGAAAUUUUAGGUUUGUAUUUCAUAAAAAAAAAAAACAUGUCCGAGGGUGACACUGCAUAUGUGUGCAUGAGAGACUCUGUUUCAAACCCUACUGAGCUACAUAGGGAGCUAUUGUCUUAAGACAGCAUCCUCAUUGCCACUAGUGACCAACUUGGAGUGCACUUCAAACGCAAACUGAUUGUGUUUUAUGCUACUUCAAUAAGUGUGAAAUGCAUAGCAUACAUAUUGACCUUCACACUCCGUUGAUGCCUUUAAAUGCUCACUAGGUUUUGGAACAGAGCGUGUAUGUAUGUGUGUGUUCAAGACCUUGGCUCCCAUCUAUCAGGUUGCACAAGGUCACAACAGGUGCUAGACAAAUUUCACUACUGUGAAAUUCAGCAGUUUCUCCACGUUUUGUUCUUGUACUUUUGUAUGUAUUUAAAUGAAACGUGUUUUUAAUGUUUGUUAGGAUUAUUUAAUACAUAUUGAAUCUACCUGCUUCUGUCAGAACUAUUUGUUGCAACAGCUUGUUCCAGGUAUGGUGUGGUGAAUAUUGCUUCUGUAUUCCAGUACUGUAUGUCAGUAGUUGCACACGUGAUCGGUACUUAAACUGACACUUUUGA